UAGACAGCAUUUUCUUUGUGUAGUUGGUAAAUAACGGAGAGCAAAGUUAGUCAGCAAGUUACAUAGUUUCUGCAUUCUGAUUCUUUGGAGCCCUUUUGUAUCGAGCCUGGGCAGGAUGUUUUUAACAGAAUGUGACCUCACAAGCAUGCUAGAGAAAAGAAUCUUGGAUUGGACUGUGUGGCGAAAUCAAAAAAGAAAUAGCAUAAGAGAAAUUGAGGGUAAUUCCACAUAUCCAGGAAAAGACUGCUCGGUGCACAUCUGUAGAGAAUCACCAGGGAAAGCAAUGCAGACUUAAAAGUUCAAAUCUCCUAUAUUUUAGGAAAGAGAAUGCAUAUCAGGAUUUCUCACUAACACAGACAAGCAAUCUUAGUCACUCUGAAGGACCGACACAUUCAAAAUCGGCAUACCAUUGCACCUGUGAGCAGAAAAAGAAUGAGAUCCAUACUCUACCCAAUGGGAAGGCAGGAAAAUCCAUGAGAAAAAUACAAAGAAUUCUCAGGAAUUUCCAUUUCUAUCUACUGAUUUCUCAGAUACCUGAGGCUUGUUUUUCAAUUGAUGUCUAGAAAAGAGAUUGACUCAGAUCAUCAUUGUCAAAAGAUGGAUGCAGAUGCUGAAGAUAAAAGGCUGCUUACUCAAUCAAAAGGAACCAAGGUGAAAGUAGACUCUCUGGUACAAGAGCUCAGUGCUACAUAUGGCUGCCCCAUGGCAAAGAAGAGAAAAACCGAAGAGCCAGCCUUAGGCGUUCCAGUCAACAAAAGGAAAUCCCUGUUAAUGAAGCCUCGUCACUACAGCCCCAGUGUGGAAUGCAAAGAGGAGAAUGAUGACCAAAGUGAGACAGAAGAAGAUGAUUGUCUCUUGGAGACAAACGGCCAUCCCAUUGCAGAAGAAAAUCUUGUGAAGCCUUCUGAAGGGAUUCUUCAUUCAAAUGGCAAAGACAGCUUCAACCGAAACAAAGACAGUUACACCAGCUACCAAGACCUAGUGGCCAAAUCUUUAAUGCACUUGGGAAAAUUAGAGCAAGAUGCCUCCAUACAAACACUAACUGAAAACCUAAAUGACAGUGGCAUUCAGUCAUUAAAAACUGAAAGUGAUGAAGUUGAUGACUGUUUCAUGAUUCAUUCAGCUGGUUGCAAGGCUAAAAUCAAUGAUUCUAACCUACAGUACUGCUCAUCUGAUGACAAUGAAAGUCACUCUGAAAUUGCAGAAAAUGGUUGGGACAGUGGUUCCAACUUCUCAGAAGAAAUUUCUGAAAAAUCCCAUGUGGCCCAAACUUACAUUGUAAGUCAUAAUCAAAAGGAACCCUUGGAAGCUCCAGAAAUUAAAACUGAAGAGGAAAAUUUUGUUCCCUGUGAAAAGGUGUGUGAUUCUGAAAUGGAGAGGAGAGAAUCACCAAAUUCUCCCAUGGAAUCCUUGCAGAGUAGAGCUCAAAAUCCACUCCUAGAGGGUGAUGAAGAUGACACUGAGUGUCUGUCUAUAACAACAGAAGAGUCAGUUGACCUGGAUAAAACAAAAGGGCACUUGAGUUUGCUAGAGCAGGCCAUAGCUCUGCAGGCAGAGCAAGGCCAUGUGUUUCAUAGCACCUACAAAGAACUGGACAGGUUUCUAUUGGAACACCUAGCCGGGGAAAGGAGGCACACCAAAGUUAUUGACCUGGGUGGAAGACAAGCCUUUAACAGCAAACAUUCCCCUAGACCUGAAAAGAGAGAGACUAAAUGUCCCAUUCCUGGAUGUGAUGGCACAGGGCAUGUGACUGGACUCUAUCCACAUCACCGCAGUCUCUCAGGCUGCCCUCAUAAAGUCAGAGUGCCCCUAGAAAUUCUUGCCAUGCAUGAAAAUGUGCUCAAGUGUCCCACUCCUGGAUGCACAGGAAGAGGCCAUGUCAACAGUAAUCGCAACACACAUAGAAGUCUUUCUGGUUGUCCAAUUGCUGCAGCUGAAAAAUUGGCAAUGUCCCAGGAUAAAAAUCAGCUUGACUCUCCCAAAACCGGGCAGUGUCCUGACCAGGUUCACAGGACGAGCCUUGUGAAACAACUUGAGUUAUCUCAGUUCAGUUUCCGAUCAUCACAAACAGUCACAUCUCCCAGAGCUACAAUGACAAAAGAACAAGAGAAGUUUGGAAAAGUUCCAUUUGAUUAUGCCAGCUUUGAUGCUCAGGUUUUCGGAAAACGCACAACAGUUCCGACAAUACAAGGACAAACCCCCCCUCAGCUUCCUGAAUCAAAGCAUUUUUCAAAUCCAGUGAAACUUUCCAAUCGACUGCCUAGUGCUAGCGCCCACACACAGAGCCCUUGCCGUGCCAGCUCUUAUAGCUACGGUCAAUGUAGUGAAGACACCCACAUGGCAGCAGCUGCUGCUAUCCUGAACCUUUCCACCCGCUGCAGGGAAGCAGCAGAGAUCCUCUCCAACAAACCACAGAGUCUGUCUGCCAAGGUAGCUGAGAUACAAGUGGAUGAAAAUGGCACUUUGGACUUAAGCAUGAAAAAAAAUCGAAUCCUGGACAAGGCCACACCUCUAACUUCUCCUCAUAUUUCGAUUCCAACUUCUUCGUCUUCCCCAUUCAAAACAAGAAGCCUUUUGGUAAAUGCUGCCUUCUACCAGGCCCUCUGUGAGCAGGAGGGUUGGGACACACCUAUCAACUACAGCAAGACUCAUGGGAAGAAAGAAGAGGAAAAAGAGAAAGACCCAGUGAGCUCUCCAGAAAAUUUAGAGGAAAAAAAAUACCCAGGGGAGGUCUCCAUACCAAGUCCUAAACCCAAGCUCCAUUCCAGAGAACUCAAAAAGGAACUCAUAACAUGUCCAACUCCUGGAUGUGAUGGAAGUGGUCACGUAACAGGAAAUUAUGCAUCACACCGCAGCGUAUCUGGAUGCCCUUUGGCUGAUAAGACACUAAAAUCUCUUAUGGCUGCCAAUUCUCAGGAGCUUAAGUGCCCAACCCCUGGUUGUGAUGGUUCAGGACAUGUGACUGGAAAUUAUGCUUCCCAUAGAAGUUUGUCUGGCUGUCCCCGUGCCAGGAAAGGUGGUGUCAAAGUAACUCCUACCAAGGAAGAUAAAGAAGAUCUGGAACUUAAAUGUCCAGUAUUGGGAUGUGAUGGUCAAGGUCACAUAUCAGGCAAAUACACUUCCCAUCGUACGGCUUCUGGUUGUCCCCUGUCUGCCAAAAGACAGAAGGAGAAUCCUCUCAAUGGGUCUUCAUUAUCCUGGAAAUUGAACAAACAAGAGCUACCACAUUGUCCCCUGCCAGGCUGCAAUGGACUGGGCCAUGUAAAUAAUGUUUUUGUCACCCAUAGAAGCUUAUCUGGAUGUCCUCUAAAUGCACAAGCCAUAAAAAAAGGCAAGGUCUCAGAAGAACUAAUGACUAUCAAGCUUAAAGCAAGUGGUGGUUUAGAGAGUGAUGAGGAAAUUAGGCAUUUGGAUGAGGAAAUAAAGGAACUGAAUGAAUCCAACCUUAAAAUUGAAGCAGACAUGAUGAAACUCCAGACCCAGAUCACAUCUAUGGAGAGCAAUUUAAAAACAAUAGAAGAAGAAAACAAACUUAUUGAACAGAACAAUGAGAGCCUGUUGAAGGAGCUGGCUGGCCUGAGCCAAGCCCUCAUCUCAAGUCUUGCCGACAUUCAGCUUCCACAGAUGGGACCAAUCAGUGAGCAGAAUUUCGAAGCAUAUGUAAAUACACUCACAGACAUGUACAGCAAUCUGGAGCGGGACUAUUCCCCGGAAUGCAAAGCUCUGCUGGAAAGUAUCAAACAGGCAGUGAAGGGUAUCCAUGUGUAGGAUGUGAGAGCUGCCGGGCAACAGAAAUUACUGACAGCAGUCAACUCCAGAUGGAUCUGUUAGGGGUUCGUGUACUGCUAAGGCGUAUAGGUUGCCGUGCUGCAUUUACAAUUGCAACAUUGCACUAUUUUUUUUUCCCAGCUGACAUAAAAAGGAAAGAAAAACAUGAUCGACUAUUUGGGUUAACAGCAAUGCACUCGAUUAGUAUUCUUUAUUUAUUUUACUAUGUAUGUCUUUUGUUCCUUUCUUUGCACUUUUUUUAUGUAAAGCAUAUGUAAAAAGUGUGUGUGACUAUUUUUUAUAUUUUUUAUU